AUAUAUACGUACCGCGCACUAUGGAACUAGAGGUCGGCACUUGGGACUCGGUUUUACUGGAAAAUCUUUCGGAAGACAGCUUUAUAAAUAACAUACACCUUCGCUACAAACGGGACAGCAUAUACACAUACAUUGGGACUUCCGUUGUCGCGGUAAAUCCUUAUCACCACAUAUCAGAACGAACUUCGGAUACUAUUCGAAAUUAUGGCAGUAAAGGAAUCUUUCAGUUACCACCACAUAUUUAUGGUUUAGCUAAUUUGGCAUUUCAGUCACUUAAAGAUCAAGGCGAAGAUCAGUGCAUUGUACUGACAGGUGAAAGCGGCGCUGGCAAAACGGAGUCUUUCAAAAUGAUUGUUAACUUUCUUACGCAUAUUCAAGAUAAAAUAACUCUAGUACAACAAAUUAAAAAAGAAGUUUCGAACAGCACCGCUAGCACCAGUGGUUACACCGGUUACGCGCCCUUGCAUCGACGUACGUCUAGCAAUUGUUCUGCCACAAAUGUUCCAUUAUCCAAAAAAUCUGAUAGCGUCAUGACAAUAACAAACACCUCUCGCCGGCAAUCGUUGUCUCCCGGGCUUGGGCCACGUCGUUGCAGCACAGCAAAUAUAUCCGCACAACGCAUUCGGGCUGAAAGUUCUGACCGUAGUCAGACACGGCGGAAUAUGCGAGAGAAAAUAGUCGAUUUCGAUUUCUCUCAUCAUAAAAGCACUGAAAAUAUUUCAUAUAUUGAUAGCAAAGGAACAUUUCGCAAUAUUGAUAAACAUCCGUCAAAAUCUUGCUUUAAACACCAGCCGACACAAACGGCCCCAAUGGUCACUGCCGCGCUUAUGAAUACAAAUUUCGCAACAUCUUCUAAACACCUGCAUAACGCCCACCAAGCAGGUAUUUAUACUAGCGGCGGUUGUCGACAGUGUGGCCAUAGCAAAUGCACACGUGCUUUAGCAUUGGAAAUUGAUUCCCGAAAUUUGCCUUUUAAAAAUACCAGUACACAAAAUUUUUCAGCGGGACCAUCAAGAGCAAUGCACCGAGGUAGUUUCUGCAAUUUAUUGCGUCAACAUUCCACAGAAAGUCAAACCGACCGUUCAUCAUUGAUUGGCUCGACACAACGUAUAUCUCUAUAUGAAGCACACAAACAGAAUCAAAUGUUUGCCGCUUCUAUUUUUAAUCCAAGUAAUGCGUCGACCUGUGCACAAACUUCUUCAUCACUUUCACUCUCAGGGACAAUGAAUGUGCCUAACACAAGGUCACGUCGAAAGUCGCCCAGUCAAAGGCUGCGAGAAUGUGUCACCUGUGCGGAUGUCUUUCUCGAGGCUAUGGGAAAUGCGGUGACUUUGAAAAACAGCAACUCUAGUCGUUAUGGUAAACUAUUUGAUAUAGAAAUCGACUUCAAAGGUGAUCCCAUGGGCGUACAUAUAACACAUUGUAAGUAUAAUGAAAUUUCAAAUAUAUAUAUUAUUGGCCCUAUUAUGUAUGGCGACUGGUUUCUAGUUGCUGGUCUAGUAGCCGUGGCUACCAGUGUCGUACUUAUGCAAAGCGAUUAAUCUCGGUAUACAGAAAAACGCAGAAAACAUCU